AUGACGGAUAUGUUUGGAACAACAACAAUAGCAAACUAUGUGAUUGACUCGGAUGACUUGGAUGUGGAAGGAUGGCACUCUGUAAAGGUGGAUGGUCGUGUGCCUCAACCAAGACAUGCUCAUACUUGUACAUUGAUUGGCGACAUCAUGUGGAUAUUUGGAGGCUAUGGACUUGGAGGCAUACACCUUGGCGAUCUCAGCCGCAUCGAUCUGCGAUCAGGCCGUUGGGAGCGUAUCAAACACACGACAAAGCUUCCAGCACGCCACUCACACACUGCCGUCUCGUAUGCCGGCGAUCUCUGGAUCUUUGGCGGCAUUGGCACUGGCUCGGCCGAUAAUGUCUACAACGACCUGUGGCGCUACGCGCCCGCCGACGACACAUGGACAAAGAUGGUACCUGCGCAGGGCUAUACACCCGAGGCACGCUGGGGCCAUGCCGCCGUGAUCUAUCAAGGCGCGAUGUAUGUGUUUGGAGGCAUGAACGAAGGCUUCUACAACAAUGUACUGCGCUACGACUUUGCGGCCAACGAGUGGACCAACGUGGCAGUGCAGAACACUCAAGUGUCGCCAGUGCCUCACGGACGACAGUAUCAUGGCAUGGCGUUGGUGGGCUCUCGCAUCUAUGUCUUUGGCGGCUACGAUGGUCUGGUGUGCCCCAACGACAUGUAUGAGCUCAACCUCGACACUCUAGUAUGGCGAGGCAUUGUAUCGGCUUCGGGCCGGCACACUAUCAGACGGGGCGCCGUCACAGUCGCACACGGCAGUGUGAUCUACCAGUUUGGCGGGCGAUUCAAGAAUCUGACAGAUAGUAUGCUUCGAUUCGACACGACCACGCUCGAGUGGCGCGAGGUAACUCUUGCCAACCGACCAUCCAAGCGACAGUUUGCAGCGGGUGUCAUCUACAAUGACAACAUCUACGUCUUUGGCGGCCAGAGCGACUACAACGAGAAUGACAUCCAUAGAUAUCAGUUGCCUCAGGUGUCAGCUGCAACGGAAACACGUGGCGGCGGUGGCAGCGGCAGCGGUCAGAACGUCUCAAAGGUUCACCCAACAUCACCAUCAUCAUUACUGGCGUCUAACUUUGGCCAACUGGUAGACAACCCGAUGUACUCUGAUAUCCAGUUCAAGGUUGAUGGCAGGACUAUACACGCACAUCGAUGUAUAUUAUAUUCGCGCAAUGAACACUUCAAAGCAAUGAUCACGAGUGGAAUGAAGGAGACUGUUGAGGACAUCAUCCACGUACCCGACACAACCUACGACGCCUUCCGCGCCAUUGUACAUUAUCUCUACACCGGACAGCUGCGGUUCAGACAGAUCGACCUGCUGGAACUACUAUCACUCUCAGACCGCUACUUGAUCAAAGAAGUGAAGGAACAGUGUGCCAAGUACUUGGUACAUGUGGCUAACAAGGCCAACAUGGACCAGAUGAGACACCUGGCCGAUACUUAUAACAUUGAUGAGCUGAAGGCCAAAGUGGCCACCUUUGAGGACGGCACAACUCCUUCACAAUAA